ACGGCGGGGGAUCCUGAGGUCUUGACGCCUGAUUGCUCCCCACCUGCAGUGGCAUCAGUCACUAGUUUACGGUCAUUGCCUGUCCACAACCCUCUGCUUCCUCCAUUGGAUGUCGUGCAGGAGGAACUGUAAAACUCCUUGAGAGAGUAAGGGAAUCCUACAUGAGUGCUGACACCUUCUCUGCCAGAGGCCAGCUCUACAUGGACCGGGUGCAUGCUUCGAUCCCCAUUCUACACCAGCGGCGGUACUUGUCAUGGGCCAAAUCCAGCGACAAAACGGCGUCGCAGAAAUGCUUGCAGUAUGCUACGUGGGCGCUGGCCGCGCUAAUGUCCGCUCAGUUCCGCGAAAUGAUUGAGCCACUCUACCAGGAGACCAAGCAGAUUCUCGAGUCUCUGAAUGUCGACGGCGAUGAGCAUGGCAGCGUAGGCACCGAAGUGGCCCAGGCGUGGGUGCUGAUCGCAACGUUCGAGUCGAUGCGGACCUAUCAUCGACAGGCAUGGAUGAGCGCUGGUCGGGCAUUCCGAGUAGUGCAGGCCUUGCGGUUUCAUGAAAUCGACCGUCCUGUUGACAAAUAUGGCCCCUCCUCUCCCCAGUGCGGUGACUUCAUCGAGGUUGAGGAGAGGCGCCGGGUGUUCUGGAUGGCUUACUUCCUUGAUCAUGUCAUGAGCAUGCGCGGCGACUGGCCCAUCACGCUGAACGAGCACAUGAUAUGCACCAGACUGCCAGCUCCAGAUGCAGCCUUCCAGAGCGGGCGCGAAGAGCUAGGACCACUCCUAUCUGAAGCCAUGACAGAGCCUAAUCUUCAAGGACGGUCUUCGUUCAAUGAGUGCCUGAUCUUGGCGACACUUGGCGGGCGUAGCCUGCUUCAGAGCCAACGGUAUCACAUUUCCAAAGCGUACGGUGACAUGGAAUCGGACAGCCCCGAGCAGCGUAGGUCAUUAGAAAGCCUCUUAACGACCCGGCUUCAAGUCUUGUCUCAAUGCUAUCCGUCACCCACCGAAGUAUUUGAACCUCUGCUUCUGUUUGCCAAUAUCCUGGGCCAAGCCACCGUUGUAUACUUCUGCAAAGCCAUGGUGGAGUCGGUGGGAUCACCUAUCGACUCAUCGCAGGGAGAUAGCGACGUGUUCUACUAUCAAAAUCGAGCUUUGGACGCUUCCGCCACUAUAGUCCAUCUUGCUGUAACGCUGCGCGAUCUACCCUCCUCCAAGAUACAUCCGUUGAUGCCCAUUCCCCUCUUCCUCUGCGCCGAGUUCCUCUACGACAAUAUGCACACAGGCAAAUCUUUCCAACGGCGUCUCCAGGAGUUCUUUCACCUCUUCGGUGAGUUGAAGAACAUUAACAAUCACGAGCAAAGCUACUUGGAUCUGCUACCGCGGUCAUGCAUCGAUAAAACCAAGGAGCUAUAUCGUCAUAGUGUCGAGGGAGCCACUCCAAACGAGUAGAGGUCCACCCUCAGCUCUGGCUGCCCAUAUCAUCGUAGCCUGAAUAACC